GAGGUGGGUGCUCGUUUUGAGUCCUUGUUCGAGUGUUCUCUGAACUUUCAAAGUGCUUCAUAUCUCAAUAGGCAAUGCAUUCACAUUGGAAGAAUGAGCCAAUGUUGUACGUCUUGGUCGCAGUGUUCCAUCGCAUCCUGUGCUACACUCACUAAAAAUAUGUUCUUUGCUGGGGGUCUCGUGGAGGUACACGUCGUAUUCCUGUUCGUAAAUCAGCGCGGAGAGACACAUUUAAUUAUUCAUCCUUCCGUACGGGUGUUGGUGAACGGAUACGAGUUCUUUCCUGUGUACAGUCAACUAAUUGUGCAAGUCUGCCCAGGAUGACAUCUACGUGCCUGGUACUAAAUGUUCGCAAGCUUGUGAAAAAAUUUGCUCGGGAACAACUACAACGUGAGCUGAUGAGUGAUUCGAUUGAUCAUUGCUGCUUAUCUGAGGCAUUGGCUAUUGGCAUUGGCAUUGGCUUGAUAUUGACAGCUCACUUGUUACGCCAGACGGAUAUUUAAUGCUUCGAAAGGACCGAGCAAUCAAGAGGGGCGGUAAAGUUGCCAUUCUGUGCAGUUAGGACUGGAAAAGGAGAUAGAUGUAUGUGGCAACGAGUACGAAUGUUUGUGGGUAAAGGUAUCUACGACCAAUCACGAUUAUUUUGUUGCCUCGGCUUACCAUCCACCGACCUUUAAAAUGAUUAUUACGAAACUGAUUUUAUUGAAUUUUUAAUAAAUUCCUGCCAAAGCAUUCUUGCCACGCCACCGAAUGCGAGGUUAAUUAUUGCUGGUGACAUUAAUAAACUUGAUUUGAAAUCUCUCACACAACAAAGUGGCUUUUCGCAACUUGUCAAGACUCCGACAAGGAAUGACAGUAUUUUGGAUGUAUUUCUGACAAAUACACCGAAUAUAAUUGGGAAAGUGUGUACUUCGAAGAGUGUGACUAAAUCUGAUCAUUCCAGUGUAUUCAUUUUCCCCAGGGUACGGAAUCCCCCGGUGAGAUCUGCCACGUUGAAUUUAUUUACGCCCGAAACAAUCGUAAGAGCUUGAUGCUAUAGAAACUGCAGGCUACUGAUUAGUCUCCUGUCCUUGCUGAAAAUGAUAUCAACAUCGCUAUUGCCAAGUUUUAUUGUAUGGCCCAUGAAAAGUUCAAGAAAGCUUUCCCUCUAUACGGGUAAAAAUGUCAUCUUAAGACCCUUCCGUCAUGUCACCUUUGUUAAAACAUCUUCUGUCUAAAAGAAAUAACCUUCUGAGGAAAGGGAUGGUACAGGAGGCUGGUUUCUUGCAACCCAGCUUAUUAAAGAGAAUCGGCUGAAUCUGACUAAGGUUAACAAUCAAAAACAUGACAUGGGCAGCAAAUGUUGGUGGAAAAUGAUUGGUAAAUUAACUGGACGUGUUGGAUCAAGUAUGAAUCUCUCAUCUUAAUUCAAUGUGAACGAUAUUAACACUCACUUUCAGUCAAUCAACACAGUCAUAAAUUAUGUCGAACCUGCCCUGCUGGAGAUUAUGCCUGAGCUUCAUAAAGUUCCUGUGAUUCAUGAAAUAUUGGUCUUCAAGGCAUUAGCGCAUGUGAAAAGGACUGCCACUGGCCCAGAUGACAUGCCUUUUUGGUAG